GCAGCAAGAAGGGAAGAGAAGACUUGCAGUUCGUGUGGUGAAUUAAGAAAGAGGAAACAAGCACACAGAUGUCAUUGUGAGGUUCUGAGAGAGUCACAGUGCAGUUAAGACACUAACGUGAAGGCUUAAUAAGGAAGCCGACGAGUCUGGUGGACGACAUGACAUGACAUGACAGCAGGAUUUGACUAACCACACACUGAAUAAGUGCAGAAAAUCAUGGAUUCUCAGGUCAUGGGGACUGUCAGUGAUCUCUGCGUGUCCAGUUUUCAAGCUUUCUUGUGUCCAACGAUACCAAGGAGUCCUCCAGUGCCCGACGACCUCACACCAGAGGAGCAAAAAGAGCUGGAAAACAUCCGGCGCCGAAAGCAGGAGCUGCUGGACGACAUUCAGCGUCUGAAGGAUGAGAUAGCCGAAGUCACCAGUGAGAUCGAGAACCUGGGCUCCACCGAGGAGAGGAAAAACAUGCAGAGGAACAAACAAGUGGCAAUGGGCCGCAAGAAGUUCAACAUGGACCCAAAAAAGGGGAUUCAGUUCCUGAUUGAAAACGACCUUCUGAAGAACACCAGUGAGGACAUCGCUCGGUUCCUCUACAAAGGGGAAGGCCUUAACAAGACUGCAAUAGGAGACUACCUGGGAGAGAGGGAUGACUUCAAUAUCCAGGUCCUUCAUGCUUUCGUGGAGCUGCACGAGUUCACAGAUCUAAACCUGGUUCAGGCUCUCAGGCAGUUUCUGUGGAGUUUCAGGCUUCCUGGUGAAGCACAGAAGAUUGACAGGAUGAUGGAGGCAUUUGCUCAGAGAUAUUGCCAGUGCAACCCUGGAGUCUUUCAGUCCACAGACACGUGCUACAUUUUGUCCUUCGCCAUCAUUAUGUUAAACACCAGCCUCCACAACCCGAAUGUUAAGGACAAGCCCACGGUGGAACGCUUCAUCUCCAUGAACAGAGGCAUUAAUGACGGAGGGGACCUGCCGGAAGAGCUGCUCAGGAACCUCUACGAGAGCAUCAAGAACGAGCCCUUCAAAAUCCCAGAGGACGACGGCAAUGACCUGACACACACUUUCUUCAACCCGGACAGAGAGGGCUGGCUGCUCAAACUGGGAGGACGCGUCAAAACCUGGAAGAGGCGCUGGUUUAUUCUCACUGAUAACUGCCUUUACUACUUUGAGUACACUACUGAUAAAGAGCCACGAGGAAUCAUCCCUCUUGAAAACCUCAGCAUUCGUGAAGUAGAGGACAAGAAGCCAAACUGCUUCGAGCUCUUCAUUCCUGACAAUAAGGAUCAGGUGAUCAAGGCCUGUAAGACGGAGGCGGACGGACGCGUCGUCGAGGGAAACCACACAUUCUACCGCAUCUCUGCUCCCACCACUGAGGAGAAAGACGAGUGGAUGAACAGCAUUAAAGCGGCCAUCAGUCGAGAUCCUUUCUACGAGAUGCUGGCGGCCAGGAAGAAGAAGGUGUCAUCGAUGAAGAGACACUAGAACAGCUGCUGAACGACUGAGACGAGUAGAGACAGAGAGAGAAACACAAGAUCAGAGACUCUUGACAGCUCUCCUCAAGAGUGUGCGUGUGUGUUUGUGUGUGUGUGUGUGUGAAGGGAGCCAGUUGGCGUUUCCUUGCGACUGCUUCCUUGAAAGCCCCAAAGAGAACAUUUACUCCUCAUGCUUAACCAAAUCUGCUCUUUCUUUCUUCCCGUUUCUCUCUGUGUUCAUUAUCUGAAAUCAGCAGGUCUGACAGAAUGUGGAAACCAAAACGAAAGCAAAGGACGAUUUCCGUUCGUGCUUUGAUAUGUACAGGCAAUAAGUGUAUUUUUACAUCCUUUUUUAUUUUUAAAGAUGCAGCUUCGCGCUCAGAGGUUUAUUUGUGUGUUUAAUUGUAAAAACAGACUUCUGUGAGUUGUAAUAGAACAAAAAAAGAAAGACUUCUGCAGAGGGGAUCUUUUUGUUGGUGUUUGUGUUUGUUUUCUAGGCAUCCUGAAGCGCGACGAAUUGAAUAUUGACAGACGUUCUGCUCAAUAAGGAUUAUGGGAUGUCAUGGUCAAGCACUGGUACUACCUCUCAGACGGACAGAGCAGAGAUUAACAGAUGGUGAUGUUUUUAUUUGAUAAGAGGUCAGUGUUAAGGCCUCUGAAUGAAACGCUGUUCAUACGACGAAUAAAUGUGCCUAACAGUCACUCAGUGUCCGUAAAGGCUGACCUCACGCCGCGUCUACACUCAAAACAACACAUCCAAUUAUAAUCAGGCAGUCGGUUUACACUGGACACAAAACGGAUGUACAUCGCAACCCAUUUCUGUAACAGGAUAGCGUAAAUAAACAAAGCUGUGGUUCUUAAACCUGUUCCUGAAGGCACAACUCACACGUUUUCAACCACAUCUAAAUCAACUCAGCAGAACAUAAGAAGACACUCCAAAACCUGAAGUUAAUGGGUCAGAUAAGGGAGACAUCCGAAAUAUGUACUGUUGGUUGUGUUCCUCCAGGAACAGGGUUGUGAAACACAGAAAUAAAGGUCACUGUUGCUGAAUUGUGUGAACACAGGCGUGAUUGUGAUUUAUUUUGGAAUCUGUGGCAGAAAUGAGCUUAAAUCUGUAGUCGCUUGUUUCUGCUACUGGAGAGAAAGGUAACUGCGUUCACACCGAAGGCGGUGAAAGCGUCAAAGGUCGCUCUGGCCGCCCUGGCGACAAUGCUGUCUGCCUUAAGCUCUGGCAGCGAGAGCGUCUAAAUUCGCUACAGUGAUCUUGUAUUUAAAGCGGCUGUUGCAGCAUAUAUCAGUUACAUUCCCACAUUAAACAUGCUUUCUAGCGUAAAAAUGUUGCGCACUUCUAAUUAAAUUCAUUUAACAAUGGAAGAUCAAGUUGCAUGUGGUGUGGCUUUGCUCCACUUAAUUAUCUAAUUUGGCCAUAUGUCUGAAAUAUCCCGAAGCAGUAAUACUGUUCAGCUCUCCUUGUACUACAGGAACCAAUCAGCGAUCGCUAUAUGGCGAGUAAAGCCCGCCUUCUAGUACAGGACCCAAUUAGCAAUCGCUAUCUGUUGAAUAAAGCCCGCUUUCUACUACAGGAACCAAUCAGCAAUCGCUAUAUGGCGAAUAAAGCUCUCCAUCUACUACAGGAGCCAAUCAGCGAUCGCUAAAUGGCAAAUAAAGCUCUCCUUCGAGUACAGGAGCCAAUCAGCGAUCGCUAAAUGGCAAAUAAAGCUCUCCUUCGAGUACAGGAGCCAAUCAGCGAUUGAUAUAUUGCAAAUAAAGCCCGCCUUCUAGUACAGGAGCCAAUCAAAGAUCGCUAUAUUGCAAAUAAAGCCCGUCUUCUAGUACAGGAGCCAAUCAAAGAUCGCUAUAUUGCAAAUAAAGCCCGUCUUCUAGUACAGGAGCCUAUCAGCAAUCGCUAAAUGGCGAAUAAAGCCCGCCUUCUAGUACAGGAGCCAAUCAGCGAUUGCUAUAUGGCGAAUAAAGCCCGCCUUCUAGUACAGGAGCCAAUCAGUGAUCGCUAAAUGGCAAAUAAAGCUCUCCUUCGAGUACAGGAGCCAAUCAGCGAUUGAUAUUUGGCAAAUAAAGCCCGCUUUCUAGUAUAGGAGCCAAUCAAAGAUCGCUAUAUUGCAAAUAAAGCUCUCCUUCGAGUACAGGAGCCAAUCAGCAAUUGAUAUAUGGCAAAUAAAGCCCGCCUUCUAGUACAGGAGCCAAUCAAAGAUCGCUAUAUUGCAAAUAAAGCACGCCUUCCAGUAUAGUAGCCUAUCAGCAAUCGCUAAAUGGCGAUAAAAGCCCGCCUUCUAGUACAGGAGCCAAUCAGCAAUCGCUAAAUGGCGAAUAAAGCCCGCCUUCUAGUACAGAAGCCAAUCAGCGAUUCCUAUAGAAUGACAACUGGAGCUUGGACCAGACGUGAGUUUCUGCAGAUUUCGUGUGAUACGAACAUUAUGAAAUGAAGCUAAAUAUACAGCUGCUGUUUAAUUUUAUUGAUUAUUCCUAAUAUGAAAUGUAAUCGUCAGCUUGGCAGGUAGUUUUGGAGAAUUUGAUGUUUCCCCAUUAAAACAUACUACUCGAGAGGACGCCGAGUGAAAUUACUUGCCUUAAAGGGACUUUGAUGCAUUUCUAGCUAAACAUACAUAGUACAAACAAAAUCAUUAUGUAGAUCAAAACUUUUAUUUUGUAUUCGAUAAAUCAUGAUUGUUUAAAAAGUGCUACUUUGAAGCGCUACCUUCGACAUAAACAAACAGAAAAUAAAUGCCUCAUUAGCAUCUGUUUCCAUAGGCUCAUAAUGCAAGUCAUCCGCCAUAUUGGAACAGUCAAAGCCAGUCUGUGGUGUUUCUGAAUGUACGUUGACCUGCAGCUGUAUUUAUGCACAUGUAUGAUUACCUAUAUCUGCGAUAGACUUAGGUAGAUGAUUUAGCCCAGGGGUGCCCAAACCUCGGUCCUGGAGGCCUGGUGUCCUACAGAUUUUAGCUCCAAUUUGCCUGCAAGGAAGUUUCUAGAAAGCCUGGUAAGAGCUUGAUUAGCUUGCCCUGGUGUGUCCGAUUGGGGUUGGAGCUAAAAUCUGCAGAACACAGGACCUCCAGAACCGAGUUUGGCCACCCCUGGUUUAGCCCAAUCACAAUUCAAGACUUAAUGUCUGUAUCUCUAAUACACUUCACACAAAUUUAAAGCAAGUUGAGAUCAAAAACAAAAAAAAACAUCAACAUGACAAAAAUCGGUUAAACAAUCUGUAAUAUUGAGUCGAAAAACACAACAUUUUUGUGAGAGGUUCCUCCAUUUUGUAGCAUUUUAACUCUAAAGACCAACACAUCUGCCUAGAGUUUUACAGUGAGUGAUGGUGUGUUGACUGUCCCAAGAUGGCCGAUUAUUCCACGUGUGUUACUGGUGUAGACGCGGUCAGUCAGUCCUCAGUGCCUGCUCACGUUUCUCCACUCGCUCUUUCUGUUGUCCCCUCAUUUCUCGGGUUUCCAUCAGUCUAGCAGUUAUUCUACAAGCGAAAUAUUAAGGCGACGCAGUAUUGGUUUAAUUUAUCAAAGAUGUACAUACUUUAGUGUAUAGAGAAUAUUGGUUUCCAUUUUAUAAAUGUGUGUAGUCGAGUGCCAUUCUUUCAUUAUCCUUUUUAUUAGUAUUAAUUUCCGGAGGUCGAUGCCAUUGUAGUGGUUGCCAGAUCAUGCUGAAAUAAACAUCUAUUAUAGCA